AUGGAGAUUAACCACCUCUACUUCUCCGCCGCGAUCUCUAGCGCUUCGGAGGCUCUCGCCGCCGGGAUCGUUCGGGGGCUCCGGUCAGCAGAGCUAACCGCCGGAAAACCCGAAUCUUUGGGGUCGGAUUCGCGAAUUGGCUCUGCUACCUACCUCGAAUGCUUUCUAGACAAGUUCUUCUCUAGCGCCGGGCCAGGCUUCGCAGCGGAGGUCACCGGGAGCUUCGCGAGGGGGUUGUCAUCGGGCUUGAUCACUUCUACUGAUUUAUGCCGGAGAUCAGACGAGGGUAGUGCUCCGAGGUGGGUUACCAUGCUCCGCGACGACAAGACCUGCAAAGAGCUCGCGGAGCAUUUCAUCGAGCGGAUCGUGGGCGCCGCGGCCGCAGCUUACCUCGACAGACGAACGAAGACAAACGCCGUCGACGACUUGUUCACCGGCCUUACGAACCCCAUGCACGAGGCUAAGAUGAAGGGCGUCUUGGUCGCCGUGGGCAAUGGAGCCGUGGAGACCCUGGUGAGGACAUGGCACAGUGCGAGGUCUGAUCACGGAACAACGCCAUUAGAGGACAACAGGAUAUCACUUCAGCGGGUAGCCAUGGAGGCCACGAGGUCCUUGCUGCCAUGGAAAGUGUUUGAAGCAGCGAGCAGAGGCGUUCAUGUGAUUCGUGAGGAGGUAAUGGAGAGAGGGCAGCAAGUGGCGAGGUGUGCGAGUGCCAAAACCAUGGUGAUCAUGACUGUGUGCCUUGCUCUCUGCAUGGAGAUCUCCAUGGGGACAAAAAAGCUCACGAUGCCAGCACCAGCAGCAUAAUCAAACAGCCCGGCGGGCUUUUAGGAAAGAAGUAAACUGUAAAGCACGAACAAAAUUAAGAGCGCACUAAUUAUCAACUAAGAAACGAGGUGUCAUUUUUUGGAUCUUGUUAUCGAAAGAGCAUAUUAUAUUUACAAAA